CCCUACCUUCGCCCGUCCGAACUCCGAAUACCGCACAUGUACUCCGCGAGUGUGCUGUGAAAAUUUGGAUGUUUUCUUGCAAUUAUGGGGCCGUGUAUUUUGUUACUAGUGAUGUGCGUCGGACUCGUUGUGGCUGACAGGAAGAUGACUGUCGCUGAAAAGUUGAAGGAAGACGCAGAUCUCUCUCAGUUCUUGGCGCUGUUGGAGCGGAACGUAGUAGCCAAUACCAGUCUUCACUACAGACAGAUGACCCUGUUCGCGCCAACAAACGAAGCUUUCCAAAGAUACAUGGGCGAAAUGGACGAUAACCUCGUCCUGUACCAUAUAUCAAACCUGGCAACCACGCUGACAAACUUGGAUUAUGCUAUUUCUUCGGAAUUAGAUGGUAAUCCUCCAUUAUGGGUGACUAGGCGUCACGAUGCCAUGCACGACGACAUCUAUGUGAACAACGCUAAAGUGUUUAUUUCAAGAUCAUAUCAAUCGGUUAACCGAAACAAUAAAAGACAAGUACUCCAUGUGAUAGAUCAAGUUCUGCAGCCACUUCAGCCUCAUGGUCCUGGCUCCGUCAGCUCUCCAGUCUAUAGCCCUAAUGCAUAUCAGUUUUUAGAACACUCUGAUGUCUUCAAUAUUGGACAGCAUCGCCUAAGGUCUUUCCGUCAAAAAGUGAACCAGCUACAGAAAAGCAAAGUAUUUAACGCGGAGGGCCGGCAUACAUUCUUCAUUCCAGUUGACGAAGGAUUCGAGCCUGCAGCUAGGUCUGACCUGAUAGAUGAGAAAGUAAUAGACGGUCACGUUAUUCCGCACCAUGUUCUGUUCACGCACGCAACCCCCGACGCCAAAGAGUUUGAAACCUUGGCAUUUGGAGACAAUGUUAAGGUCAUUGUGUCGUUCAGUACAACCAUGAACGGCAAAGAGGAAAUCACUUACGUUAAAUCGAAUACUGUGGCUGGCGACGCGAAGCAUAGCCGCGGCGUUGUGUUAGCCGACAUUGUCCGAGCGAAUAUUCCGGUGAAAAAUGGUGUAGUGCAUCUAAUCCAAAGGCCGCUGAUGGUCGUAGACACGACUAUCAUCAACUUCUUGAAGGAAAAAGAGGAUGGUCCACUAUGUAAAUUCUACGAAGUGCUUAUGGAUUUGGGACCCAACAAUCAAUUUUACACCGAACUUACAUUGGCUAAAGAUAUUACUCUGUUCGCUCCGUCAAACGAAGCAUGGGCUGAACUCAGUGUUCAAAAUAUUAUUAGAAACCAUCAGAAGCUAAAAGAAAUAUUAAAUUUGCAUCUAGUACGAGAGCGACUUCCUAUGGACGCCAUAAUCCACAACAACAUGAAUCAGCUCCCCGGAACUAUCUACCAAGCUCCAACGGCGCUUCCACGCAAAUACCUAUACUUCAAUAUUUUGACGCGUGGACAAAAUCAAACGCUGACAGUGGAAGGUGGUGGUGUUAAUGCGACAGUGAUCCAACCAAAUAUCGCAGCAACCAACGGAUUCGUACACAUUAUUGACCGAGUUCUCGGAGUACCUUAUACUACUGUGUUUGAAAAACUAAAGGCCGACCCCAUGCUGAAUAUCACCUACAACCUCGGCAAGAGACAAAUGUUCAAUCAUCAGUUAAACGAUAUGGAACACCGUUAUACGUAUUUCGUGCCGCGGGACCACGCUUGGUUGAAAUUCCAAAUUCGGCACCCUUCUGCGUACAAAGCCCUUUUCAGAGAAGACUUCGGCUAUUUCACCAAGCAAAUAUUAGAACGUCAUGUGAUUAGGGCGGGGCGUGCUUACACUGUAUCCGAUUUAAAACUGCUCGCGAAUGAAACGCAUCCAUUUGUUCUACCGACGUCCCGCGAUCCGCUCAGGUUGCGUGUGAAGGAAUCUGAUAAAAAUUAUUACGUCGAAUGGAACGGCCACUGGAUCCAUGUCUUCAGACCAGAUGUCGAAUGCACUAAUGGUAUUAUUCAUGUCAUCGACGAGCCAUUCGUUUUGGAGAGCGACAUCCGAGCCACAGGCGCAUCUGAACGUUUAAAUCUACCAUUUCUCGUUCCCGUUUUGUCAGCUUCGUAUUUUUUGACUAAGCUUUUCGAGAACUAAACGAUUAUUCUUUUCACAGUCAAUUACGUUUCGCGAUUGUUAUUACUGAUUUUUAAUAAAAUGAGUUUUUGUAAUUUCAUGCACUAACAUAAUUUUCGAUAGCCGAUUGUGUUUGCGUGAAUCAUCAGAUAGACUUCGUUUAAAUUUAAAUCACAAAAGUGACUUGCAUUUUAACUAAUAUAAUAUUGUGCUGUUUUUACGUAGUGAUCCAAACAGAUUGGAUUAAAAGCACUGCCAAAGAAUUUUGUGGCGAAACGGCUACAAAAUUUUUAAACUUCAUGUAUUAAAUCAAAUAACUAUAGAAUACUUAAAUUAUAUUCG